GAAGAAGCUGCCAUAUUGCGGUGAUACAGCGAGUUUGCUGAAGCUUAGACACCGCUGCGUUUCUUUAUCUAAGAUGCUUUCUUCUCAGACUUUUGGAGACCCCGGGAAGAUGAAAGAUUAUCAUUAUACUGGUCCCGUAGAGCACCGGUUCUCACCGUACGCUUUCAACGGAGGGACUGUGUUAGCUGUGGCCGGGGAGGACUUUGCCAUCGUAGCCUCUGACACCAGGCUGAGUGAAGGAUACUCCAUCCACAGCCGGGACUCUCCAAAGUGCUACACGCUGACAGACACAACUGUCAUCGGCUGCAGUGGUUUCCAUGGCGACUGCUUGACUCUUACUAAAAUCAUUGAUGCCAGACUAAAGAUGUACAAACACUCGAACAACAAGUCAAUGACCAGUGGAGCCAUCGCAGCUAUGCUGUCCACUAUCCUGUACGGCCGGAGGUUCUUCCCGUACUACGUCUACAACAUCAUCGGAGGACUGGAUGAAGAGGGCAAGGGAGCAGUAUACAGUUUUGACCCAGUGGGCUCCUACCAGCGAGACACCUACAAGGCUGGAGGAUCAGCCAGUGCAAUGCUUCAACCACUACUAGACAACCAGAUUGGUUUCAAGAACAUGGAGGGGGUGCAGCAUGUUCCUCUGACUCGGGACAAGGCGGUUCAGCUGGUCAAAGAUGUCUUCAUCUCGGCGGCAGAAAGAGACGUCUACACCGGUGACGCCCUUCGGGUCUGUGUCAUCACUAAGGAGGGCAUUAAUGAGCAGACAAUACCACUGAGGAAGGACUGAAGAGGAGAUGCGAUGUUUCCCGCUGUCUCUGUUCUCCUUCUGUCUGUUCUUUCCACAUUCACCGUACUGGUUCGGUCGCUUAACAUCAGGCUUCUUAAAAUGGGAGUGUUGUUCCACAAGUUGGCUUUUAGUAGCCUCUUAAGUCAGACUUUAACCAGGGAACUUUGUAUUCCAUUUUUUUGAUAUCGGUUCACUUUCUGAAUUCAUUUAAAAUUGGGGCCUCCCUUCGAUCUCUGCUGUUACAGUCUGGUAACCUGAUUCUGGAUCAGCACUCCUGUUCUGAGAAGCAAGUUCUUUGCUCCACCUUACCUAGAAUCUGCCCCUGUUUGGACUUUCCACGAUGUUUUGAGAGGAUACUAUACUCUGCUUUUCUUUUUACAUUCUUAAUAAAUGUAAAGAAUUGAAAAA